UGCUUUUGCAUCAGAAAGCAAUUAUUGGUCCUCAGCCGACAUGAUGCGGAAGAGGGACAGCAUUGGGGCGCGCGGUUAUGAGCUUCGCUCGAAUGCAGAUGUAAAAGAUAAUAUCCCCCUCCCCCAAGGACUGGCAUUUGAAUUCUUACUUAUACGUAGCAUCCAUAUCGCUUGUUUGUCUCGAGUAAUAGAAGUUCCAUCCUUGUCGCAAGUUCCUUCCUUUCUUUUGGCUGCAUAUCUUGAGAUACCCACAUCAUCAACAAAAAGAAAAUAACACGAGAAGAAUAAUGCUCGGCAAAGUAGCUCUGGAAGAGGCGUUUGCCUUACCUCGCAUGCAGGAGAAGACGAAAUGGUGGGCCUCACUUUUUGCCGUCGACCCUGAGAAGCACGCGCAAGAAAUCACAGAUAUUACCACUACGCGCAUCGCCUAUAUGGAUAAGCAUGGCGUCGGCUAUACAUUGCUUUCGUAUACAGCACCAGGCGUACAGGACAUCUGGGAUGCGAAAGAGGCACAAGCCUUUGCCGUUGAGAUCAACGACUACAUUGCGGGCGCAAUCAAAGAUCAUCCCGAUCGAUUUGGUGCUCUAGCUACACUUUCUAUGCAUGAUCCCACAGAGGCAGCCACCGAGUUAAAACGAUGCGUAACGCAGCUGGGCUUCAAGGGUGCGCUUGUCAAUGACACGCAGCGCGCCGGUGCCGAUGGGGAUGACAUGGUUUUCUAUGAUGGGCCUGAAUGGGAUGUUUUCUGGUCCACUGUCACUGAGCUAGACGUUCCAUUCUAUCUUCACCCUAGAAAUCCCACUGGCACUAUCUACGAAAAGCUAUGGGCCAAACGAAAGUGGCUCAUUGGACCUCCGCUUAGCUUCGCUCAGGGCGUCAGCCUGCAUCUCCUAGGAAUGGUCACAAACGGCGUCUUCGACAGACAUCCCAAGCUCCAAAUCAUUAUUGGCCAUUUGGGAGAGCACAUUCCGUUUGAUCUCUGGAGAAUUAAUCACUGGUUCGAAGACGUGAAGAAGCCACUAGGUCUUUCAUGUAAGAAGACGAUUCGAGAAUACUUUGCACAGAACAUCUGGAUCACCACAAGUGGUCACUUCUCAACGCCCACGUUGGAGUACUGCAUUACGGAGAUGGGUGCAGACCGUAUUCUUUUUUCCAUUGACUAUCCAUUUGAGUCUUUCAGCGAUGCUUGUGACUGGUAUGAUGGUGUAUCAUUGAAGAAUCCCGAAGACGUGAGGAAGAUUGGCAAGGAUAACGCAAAGAAGCUUUUCAAGCUAGGAGCGUUCAAAGAUUCAGCAUAAUUGUAUAAAAUGCAGCAGAUAUAUUAGUCAUUAUAAACAGAUUUUCGAGCUGAGUGAGUGACUUUUCUAAAUAC